AUGGCCUCCAAUCCCGCCAAAAGGAAGCCAUUCGGCGCAUCCGGGCCUCAUGGUGCGACCGGAGCCGCGAGGAAGCGUGCGAAAACCUUUGACGCACGUACGCUGGCCGUGCAGUCCACCGAUGCUGCCCUCUCCGCAACAGGCGAGCUCGAUGUCGCCGCAUACGCUGCUGCCCGGGCAUUCGAAAUUCAAGCAUUGGAGGAGGGCAUGCAGCGCUCGAAAAAUGCGCUGACGACACGUGCGUUUCAAAAGGUGCCUCGCUCGCUGCGACGUCGGACGGCGAGCCAUAAUGUGAAACGAGUUCCACGGAGGUUGCGGGCGCGGGCACAGCGAGAGAUGGUUGAGGACAAUACUCCUACGGUCACCGCACGGCGUCGCAAACCAAGCCAGAUAAUGCGCAUCCGCCUCGAAGCCGCUCGACGUCUCCAAAAUCUCAAUGCCAAAUCUAAGAAUCGACGGUUAGCAGCACGCACCAAACGAGACAAAGAGAACGAAACUACCGCCAAGGAAGAAGGAAGCCAUACUUUCAACAUUGCGCCUCGAGUGCCGAAGAUCAAAAAGGGCAAGCUGUCACGCCCGCCACCCGCAGAUGCGAAGUACCGCAAGCGCCAGCGAUGCAAGACUUGGCUGCCGACGCACAUGUUUCAUGCGAAGCGUGCUCAUAUGGCUACCACCAAGGAUCCGAUCUGGCGGUUCGCUAUUCCUAUCUCGCCUACGGAGAAGAGUUAUCGACCUACGCAUCGAGCUCGCGGUGCCCGUGGUGCUGUGGCGUGGGAUAUGAGCUAUAUGUCUACCGUGCAGCUAGAAGGGACGGAGACUUGCAUUGAAGCUGUCUUGCGAGCAGUUGGUGUCAAUGGUGAUGAGGCGUGGGGUACGAAGGGCAAGAAGUGGAGGGCUGGAACGAGGUCUUUGCAAGCUUGGGCAUUUGAGAAAGAACAGCCAACCAGACCAAUUGCACCCAUCACGCUGAUCUGGUGUGUGCAGCCCAAGGUUGAGGAUGUUGAAAUGAUUGAUGCGGACAAAGCUUCUACCACCGUGAAGAUAAAGAUACCACGGAGAAAGCUCUUUAUCCGCGUCCACCCAUCUGCAUUCUUGCAGCUGUGGACCGAUUUGCUUGAGAUUUCCAAGCGACAGAACCCGCCCGUCAUGGUCGAGGACUUGAGAUUUGAGAUUGGUAGCAUCGAGAUCACCGGUCCAGGAUCUGCCGAGGCACUGUUGGCUACAUUGCAGCCUGUCUUAGGCGCAGAAGGUCUCACGGCACAGAGUCCAGAAGCGACCUGGCUAUCUUUACUCGGCGUAUCAAACCCGUCAUCACUGCCUCAGAAUGCUCUUCUGUCUUUCCCUGUUUCUGAUCCUCGCCUCCAAUUUCCACCGCGCAGUCUCAAACUCCCGGACAACGAAUCUCACAUGAAUGACCUGGCUGUCUUGCUCUCUACAUGGUCACCCGACCAAACCCAGGGUCCAUCCACGCUUUUUGACCGCCCAAGUCGCCUUGCUGCUAUUCGACAGCUUCCAAGUCAAAAGGCUAUUAACCGUCGUCGUGCUCUCGUCGGCCCUGGCAAAUAUCCUGCUGCACAAGCCACUGACCCACAAAUUCCUGUUAUGAUAACAGCCAAUCGUCCACAGACUCGGUCAAAACGGAAUACUGCUCCAGGCUCCUGGACCGUACUUUUACCGUGGAAAUGCGUGGCUCCAGUAUGGUACUCGCUCAUGUUCUACCCUCUAUCAAGCGGUGGAAAUCCACGUUUCGGUGGCUUGAAGGAGCAGCAGCAGCUUGCUUUUGAGGCGGGCGAGGGAUGGUUCCCGGGCGAUUUCCCUGGUACCCGAGCUGGCUGGGAGUGGAGCCAACGCGAGGCCGAGAAGUCUCGACGUCAAUGGGAGCGACGACCUAAGGGACGCCGGGUUGAGUUUGACAGUCUCGUCCUGGGCGAUGGCCAUCCCAAGGGAGAGAUUGGCCACGGCUGGACCUGUGACUGGCAGAGGCUCGUUGAAGGUCCGUCGAAGGAUCAAGCCAGCCAUGAUACUGCUGAAAAGGACAAUAACACAACUGAUCCCAACAUUCCACCCUCCAACAUCCACAGCGUCCGCUAUCCACCCAGUGAGACAAAUCUUCUUCUGGACAAACUCAGCAAAUCUCCCGUUGACUCUUCGGCUCUCGCUACAAUCCAUCUUACCCUCUCCAAUCGCGGCACUCCCACAUCCUGUGCCCGCGUCUAUCGCCUUCCAACAAAUCCAGUCCUGCGGCAAAAAUGGCUUGAUCUUGCUUCUCCAUCAAAUAAAAAGACCAAUGAGCGGAAACACCCCCGUAAAACAAAAUCCACUCCCUCCAGCGAAGAAGCCCAGCGCCAACUCGCUGAAGCAUUGGCCACCACUGCGAUCCCCGAAGAUCCCGGAUCUGAACACUUGCAAGUCCCUACUGAGGAAGACCUGAUAGGCUUUGUGACCGCAGGAAACUUCAAUCUCUCCGAGGGCAAGGGAACGGGUGUUGGAUCGAUUCUACUGUCGAAGGUUUUACUACCCGGUGUGAAACCAUCUGAGAGGAAGAUGUGCAUUGUUAGGACUGCAGGAGAGAAGAUAGGACGAUUGGGAGUGUGGGAGCUCGUGUGA